UUAAUGUUUAGUGAUCUCAGUUUAUUUGGAUACCUGUAUCAGUUGCAUACUACGAAAUUUCACCAUUAGCACUAAUAGAAUAAAAAUGUAAAAUUGUUACAUACGAUCUUUUACACUACCAGUAGCGAUGUAUACUUAUAAGUGUGUUUUCACUAGUUAAAUGAAGGAAACAUAAAUCCAUUGGGAAAAUUAAAAAAAGUGUUUGUUCAGAGGUAAUGAGAUCAAUAUUUUCCCUCAAUGAGAACAAAAUUAAUUUAAGCUGAAAUAUAGAAACAUGAAACAUGACAAGUUCACAAAACUUUGAUGAUUAGAGAGAUACUUAAUCACAAAUAAUUUUUUUUUUUUUUUUUUACUAACUGAAUGAAGUAAAAAUUGAUUAAAAUUUACUGAGAAUUACAUGAAAUAUAAGUGAAAGCAGUAAGUGUCAUGCCAGUAACUUUCGGGAUCGACCAAACAAUACAGUAUAAAUUAACUUUUUGAAUAAAACUAUUAACCUAACCCGUAUUUCACCUAACCCUUCCACAUUUCACAGCCAUUGUAUUAUUAAUAGUUAUUUACAUUAAUUUUAAUUAUUAAAUAGAAUUAAAUGAAAUUGGUACUAGACAAUUUCUGAAUUAUUCUACAAAACUAUUCCCCUAAGGUUGAGUGAAAAAACGAGCCAUUUUCAAACUAUAGGCAUAUCAAAUAAUACGUUUACUGAUCCGAAAGCGGAAGUCUUUUUUUUUUAGAUUAAUGGAUAGAAUUUGAUUAAAUUGAUACUUAUUUGUUGACCGAUCCCUAACAACCAUCUAAAUUUGAACCAAAUCGAAACAGCGGUUUCAGAGAUAUAGACGUAUCACGAAAAAUACGUUUUUUGGGCAUAUUUAAGAGAAGGAAGUUGACGGAAUGCAAUGAAAUUGAUACAGCAUCAUUUUUUUACCAAGACCUAUCUUUCUUCUAAUUUUGGGUCGAAUCGAACGAGCCGUUUCUGAAAUAUUGGCAUAGUUAAGGAAAUACAUUUGCGCGUACGUAAGUGGAAGUGCUUGAUGUAUUUUAAUGAAAUUGAUAUGGGGCAAUCUACACACCAAUGUGCACGUUAUCUGAAAAUUUCAUGAAGAUCGGAUAAACGGUAGUAGGUGAUAUACCGGUUACAACUAUUUGACUACAGACGCCGAACCAAAUUUGAACCUUGAUGUCUGAAACGUAGAAUGCGAGUGGGAAAUUUCGAUUUUGAGCACAUAUAUUUUUUAAACCUCCCGCACGUAUACAAAACUUCCCAAACCUUCGGAAGUGAGGAUGCAAUAGGUGUUAAAUAAUGGAUAAUAAUAUCUAAACAAUGCAAUUUUCUACGAUAUGUACAACAUUACAAAAUAUAAUAGAAAACAAUCUAUUGAUACCUACCAAGAAUAUUUUUUUAAUAAUUAUUUUUCGUGAAAUACAUUUAAUUGUCAUUCUUGUUUUUCAUAAAAUAAUUUUUUUUUACACGAAAUAUUUUCGGGUCAGGAUGGAGCUAAAUAGUUUCGCAAUCAUAAUUUUUGAAAUCUGUAUAAAACUGAUGAACGACAACUCCAUUAUAUUUUUUCUGUAUUGUUUGAUCAAAUGUUGAACGGUGCUGUCUAAAUCACAUUGGUAUUCUCCAAUGAUUUCCCUUAGAUAUUCCAUGAUUCAAUUACUUGAAAUAAACAUGAAUAUUUUACACCAUACCGAAAGUAAAGGAUUUCCUCGGUGAUUAUAAAAAUCCGUCUUCGGGCCCUAUUUGUGAAUCGGGCAAAUUGUUCUGAAAUCAAAAGUCUUAUUUCAACCUGUAGCCAAGGAAAUAUUGUGAAAUAGUUCUAUACAAAUUUUUUCUAUUUUUAAGAAGUUUUGAUAGAAGCAGAAAUACUUUAUUAAACCUUCAAUGUCCGCAUUUAAGCUUAAAUCCAACUUUACCUCAUUUAAUUAUUGUUAUCAAAUCUAUCUUUUUAAAUCUAUUCGAAACUAUUUCUCACGUGAGUGUUUGAGAGCGAAGAGAGUGUUUGUGUGAUUAAAAAAAAAACUCCUAGUUAGUAAAAAAUUAAAAAUAUUUAUAUGAUUAAUACUCAGUAUUGAUAAUCCACAUAUUAAUUAUAACGUAAUUGCUAAUUAUGUUUAGCAAUAACGCACACAAUAUUUAAGCAUAUUAAUUUUAAAACAUCAUGUAGUUAAUAACUAAUUAAAUACCUCAAUUUACUAUAGCAAUGGUUACUGGGUAUAUGAUUACACUGGCAGUUCCUCUUGGAGCUCACCGUUUGUGGGCACACAGAAGCUACAAAGCGAAGCUACCUCUACGAAUCUGUUUUUUGAUUGGGCAAACGAUGUCUGGACAAUACAGUUUGUGGUUCUGGGUUCGAGAUCAUAGACUACACCACAAGUACAGCGAUACCGAUGCCGACCCUCACAACUCAAGAAGAGGUUUCUUCUUCUCGCACGUAGGAUGGUUGUUGGUUACGAAACAUCCUGAAGUCAUAGCCAAGGGUAGACAGAUAGAUUUGUCGGAUCUUGAGGCAGAUCCUUGGAUCAUGUUCCAGAAAAGGUACUACUUGAUUUUGCACAUCAUUUUUUCUAUUCUGAUACUAGUGGGAAUUCCCUAUUAUUUUUGGAAUGAGACGGUAUGGAACAGCUUUAUGACUUGCUACAUGGGCAGAUACGCCACAUCGCUGAACAUAACUUGGUGUGUAAAUAGUUUCGCUCAUAUUUAUGGCACCAGACCAUACGACAAAAAUAUGAAGCCAGUUGAGAACAAAUACGUCUCAAUGGUCACCCUCGGAGAAGGCUGGCACAACUACCAUCACGCGUUCCCGUGGGACUGCAACGCAGCUGAGCUUGGAAGGGACUAUAACUUGUCUGGAAAGGUACUUGCGUUCCUGGAACGAAUUGGGCAAGCAUACGACCUGAAGAAGGCCACUAAGGACAUGGCAAUGAACAGGGUCCUAAAUCACGGAGAUGGAUCUCAUCCAGUUUAUUCUACUCGAUAAUA